AUGUCUACUGGCAAUGUUGUUGAUGCAACUCCUACUCCUCUUGGAACUCCUAUUUCUGGUAGUAACAAUGACACUACUCAAGGUGGUAACAACGUUUCUAUCGCUGCUUGCAAGAAGGCAAUCAAAGAUUUUUGUGGCUCACAAAUCUCGAAAGCCACAGCACUUAGCCGAAUCUACACCACACUCGUUGGCACAUUACCUGAAGACCAGACAGGAGUCGAAGAUACCUUUGCACACUAUAUUGUCAUCCUUGAAAACCAUGAACACCACUUGUCCGAAGCCGAACGCCAUGGCAACAGGGAACAUUCAAAAUCACCCAUUGAACAACAGAUUGAUGAAGAAGAACUAUCUUGCCCAACUAAACAUGCAAAACCCGAUGAGUCUCAAUACCCAUGGAUUAUAUCAGAUUUCAUCCAUUCAGUCAUUUUAUCCCCUUCCCUCACAGCUAUGCUGGACCUCCUCAAACUGUAUGCAGUUGACCCUAAGGGCACAAAGUGUUCUCUCAUCAACUCACCCACAUGUCCUGAAUUCCCUGACUCAGAAUGGACGAACAUUCUUGCAGGUCACACAGUCAACCUCGAUGCAGUACUUACAGGUUAUUACUCAACCUCCAAUAACGACAAGCGCAUCGAGUCAAUCGGUGAUCUUGAUAUCAAAUUCGGAACCGUUGCCCCAACCAAGAUUGUUUUGAGUGCUGGGGAGUGGACAAUCGCUUGGAAUAGAGCAUCUAGGGCGACGUCAAUGGCUUUCCCUCAUUGGGCAGGUGAACUGGCUGACUACGCUGAGUACAUCAUUGCACUUUUUGCCACAACUGAUAUCCUCUUCCAUGACCAAGUCAUUCUUUUCGACAAAGCCAUCCGCCAUUAUGUUGGCAGCCGACGCGAUCUUGAGCUCACUCAUUUCGACAAAUUUGCCAACCUUAGAACGGCACACAUGGAUUCAAUUGGUGCAGCUGUCGUCCAAUGCUUACCUAUCUCGAAGGUAUCUCCAACUUCAUGCAAGAAACAGGAGGCAUGCAAUCGAUGGAACGAGGGGCUGUGCUUGCUUGAUGGCAGCCAGUGUCAUCGACUCCAUGUUGUAACAAGUGCUCCAAGGGUGGCCACAAAGAACCUGAUUGCCUGUCCUCACAGUGAUUUCAUUCUGAACAUUAUGUCUCAACCACCUCUUCCAAUGUUUCGCAUUGUAACCCAUAUCUGCAGCCCCCUCGAUCAGCUAUGCUGGGGGUAG